ACCAUUGGCGAUCGACGGAAAGUUAUCAUUAAAUCAAGGCAGGUCGUUGUUGGAGCAAGACGAGCGAUUGAUAAUGAAUAGCAAGGCAUUAUUGGAUCAAGAGGAAUCGUUAAUCAUUGGCCGCAAAUGUUUAUUGAGUCAAGGUGAAUCAUCGCUUAGUGGUAAAUCGUUAUUGAAGCAAGAUGGGCUGUUGGACAGGUCUUCCGCGCGCGACGUCGGGUCCGCGUUGGGUGGACCUUUGGUGAAUUCGGACGCGUCCGACAGGUUGGCAUCUUGCAGUUCUUUUGUAGAUAGCGACCUAUUCGGCGAAGGCGGCGCGGAUCGUUUGGAUGAUGAAAAGUUCGAGGAGUUUUUGUCCGGCCUCAAGAGCAAGAAGAGAGGAUUGAGCUUUGCGAGGGGGAUGGAAUCUUCUCCGUUCCGCCAGCCAUUGACAAAGAAGAAUAACGGACAAGCUUCGUCUAAGAAGCGUGUUUCCGUCGAGGUGUCGGAGGAGUCUCGAAUGAAGAGAAGUCUGGAUAGCAGGUCCUCAAGAGAAGCUGAGGACGUGAAAGAGGAAGCAGAAUUGAGCGAUGACCGUUUUUCAACGCCGAGAAGAAGAAAAAUAGAAGCAUCGCCUUUCCAGACGCCGAUUCGUCGAGUUAAGCACGUGUCUGGUUACACGGUGCCUUAUUGCAUUAUGGGCAACUCAGGGAGGUCUUUACCGAUUGUGACGACGUCUCCCAACGGGUUUCUGUUGGGCGUAUCUGGCACGUCUUCUCCCGCAGGAGUUGCGUACAGAGGACCUCAUUCCGCGCCCGCGAAGUUCACGAGGGACCGCACGAGCCGAAGCGUCUUAUAUUCGGCGAGAAGCGCUGGCAGUUCUUCCGCGGGCGGUCAAAUUCCUCAAAUUACGCCCCGUCGUUUGUUCAACUUGGACGUCGAUUCAUCAAAGCGAACGACGUUUCGCGACCUUGCGGCGCGCUGUCGCCAUCCGCCUCGUCCAUUUACGCGUGAGUCUCUCCUGGAAAUGGGGUUCUCCGCUUCGGUCCUCGACAUGAACGCCUUGUCCGCGCUGGGUCACCGAUUCGAACAGUCGGGGGAGACGGUGGGUCCUAAGGAGCUGAUGUGCCGGAUGGUGCUCGACGGGGCGUCUCCCAAGCUCCUCAGUCUGCCCUGGGUGGAGAAUCACUAUCGCUGGAUUGUUUGGAAGCUCGCCAGCAUGGAAAGGUCGUUUCCGAAGGAAUGCGGAAGGGGCUACCUGAAUGCGGAAAGGGUUUUGUCUCAGUUAGAAUACAGGUAUGAGCGAGAAGUAAACAUGGCCCAGCGCCCCGCCUUGAGGAAAAUAUUGGAGCAGGAUGCCUGCGCGAGCCGUCAUUUGGUCCUAUGCGUUGCUUCCGUUAAACAGGAGAGCCCCUGCGGCGCAGAUUCCAAUGACGCGAACCCCAUCUCCGAAGGUUCCGCAUCGCCCUCAAACGCCGAUAGACCGGUAACAUUGGAGCUGACCGACGGGUGGUACGCUGUAGAUGCCGCUUUGGAUCCCUAUUUAACUCGCCUGGUUCAAGAAAAAAAAAUUUUUGUCGGUCAAAAGCUCUGCAUUUUCGGUGCUCGUCUGGUUGGCACGACUCACGCAGUGUCUCCGUUGGAAUGCCCUCCUGGCGUGAAACUGAACUUGCACGUCAACGGAGUGCGCCCUGCCAAGUGGCAAUGUCGCCUGGGAUUCCAGCGUCUCACUCUUCCCUCUGUCAAGAUCUCUUCGCUGAAGCCGAACGGCGGCAUCGCGCCUCGCCUGAGCGCUCUGAUCCUUCGCGUCUAUCCGGUUCUCUAUUCGGAAAACGUGCUCGCGGACGAUGAAAACGGCCCUCGCAAGUCGGUCGUGAGAACUUGCCGGGGCGAGGAAAUCGCCAACGAAAGGUUCCUGUACAAACGGUCAAUGUGGAUAGAGAGAAAGGUGGCACAGCUGGGGGAGAGCGGGGCUGACGCUGACGAGGAAGUCGACAAGAACUUCGAACGAAGUCGGGAGAAGUUUCAGUCAGAAUUCGCCGAAUCUCUGGAGGACCAGCACCUGGCAGAGCGAGCGAUCGUCCCCUACGUGAGGCUGUUGAUAUGCGACAUUCCGGACCCCGAUGACUACGACAUGCUCUCCGCGCUGUCUCGGCUGGAGAAGUCCAGUUCUCCGGAAUACUUGGAUCUAUCUUCGCACCAAAAAAAGACCCUUUCCAGAGUCAGCAAGGCCAUCCUGACCAUACGACACAUCUCAGAAGACACCCUGAGUGUCUUGAAAGAGGGACACCGUAUCGAGGUCUCGCUCGUGGACUGGAGCACGCAGUCCAGGUCGGUCGUUCCGAUUUCUCAAAACGUCGGGAAAAGGAUGGGUUUUUUUGACACUUUGGACGCGCGUGUAUUGGAAUGUCCGCGUCUCAGGACUACGUCCUGUAGCAAGAUAGAAGUCACGUCCAAGCCGUCUUCUUUGUUAUCGGCGUCUGUUCUCGCGAUGUUGCGCCGCUUGUUCGGCCGCCGAGUUACGUCUUUUCCGGCACUUUUCGAACACGACAGGAGAUUCAGGUCGUCUAUGCUCAGUUUCAAGAGUUCAUUUUUGCAGAUCGAAAACUUCGACGUCGUGGGACUCGUGGCGUCUACUGGCCUGAGGUCUUCUUCCUAUCGGUCCGGAGAAAAAUUGAUUCAACAAAACUUUUUCCUUGCCGACUCCUUCAUGAACAUUCUAGUCAUCCAAGUGCAGCUGUAUGAAGACAAUUUCCUCGCGUUUCCAAUAGGCGCCAUAGUCGGUCUGAAGAAUCUCACUUACAUCGGAUACGACACCAACCUGCACGUCCACCUGGCCUCUUAUUCCGACAUGAGCGAAAUUCUAACCAGGACCCCUUUUCCGCCUUACAUGGCGGACGAGUACGAGAGAAUCGAGGAAUGGAAGCUCAGCAAGUCGUUCACGGCCGACAUGGAAACGAUCGAGACUCGACUGAUUGACAUUCUAUCGGGCGCCCACUUGCGGUCCAAGUCGAACCAGAGUGCGAACAGCCUGUUUCACAAGGGAUCCUGAACUUCUGACCCUACCGAGUCGUUGGAUCUCCCCGCCAGGGGCGGCCGCGAGGAGCACGUGGAGGGAGGCGUUUUGACCGUUAUUUCUUUUUUUUUAGAGGUGUCAUCUUGUGACCCUUUUAUUCCCGCGCAGAGUCACGUGCCCUGGUCCAUGGAAAGCGCACCGUUUGGCGAUUUUUUUUUGUAUUUUUUGCGGGGCGCAGAAAGAUGAUGGCCACCCUUUUUGAACGUUACGAAAAAAAACGACAGAAUAACGUUGAUUUAUUAGUUUACUCUUGUCCCUUGUGCGCAAUAAACACAUGUCUUCCUCGUCCGACAACUUAGAGACGGACGUUUACGCCGUUCGAAGUUCGGCACAUAAGAAUGCCUUGGACGAGACGGAGCCUAUGCUUAUGGAGAAUAAGGACCGAUUCGUCCUUUUCCCUAUUUGUCAUGAGGACAUCUGGACCAUGUACAAGAAGGCGGAGGCCAGCUUUUGGACGUCAGAGGAAAUUGAUUUGAGUUGCGACCUUUGGGACUGGAACUACAGAAUGAACAAAGAUGAGAGGAUGUUCAUCAGCCACAUUCUCGCAUUUUUUGCUGCGUCGGAUGGAAUUGUGAACGAGAAUUUGGCCACCCGUUUCAUGGGAGAAGUCCAAAUUCCGGAAGCUCGGUGCUUUUAUGGGUUUCAGAUAGCCAUUGAGAACGUGCACAGUGAGACCUAUUCUCUUUUGAUUGACACGUUUAUAAAGGAUGAAUCUGAAAAAUCACAUCUUUUUAACGCCAUCAGGACGAUUCCUUGCGUUGAGAAGAAGGCCUUGUGGGCGCUCCGUUGGAUCGGUUCUUCCUCUUCGUUUGCGGAGCGCCUUGUUGCGUUCGCGGCCGUAGAGGGGGUUUUAUUCAGUGGGUCUUUUUGCUCCAUUUAUUGGCUUAAAAAACGAGGCCUGAUGCCUGGCUUGUGCUUCAGCAACGAGCUAAUAUCGAGAGAUGAGGGCCUGCACCGCGACUUUGCGGUGCUGAUGUAUAAGAAGUUGGUAAACAAGUUACCUGAAGAAAGAAUUCACGAGAUUAUUUCGGGCGCCGUGGAGGCCGAAGAGGAAUUCAUUUCAGAAGCUCUUCCGGUAUCUCUUAUAGGCAUGAAUUCAACGUUGAUGGUACAAUAUAUCAAGUUUGUAGCCGACACGUUGGUUUUUGCUCUUGGCUACAAAAAAAUUUGGAAUGUUUUGAAUCCUUUUGAUUGGAUGGAAAUGAUUUCUUUAGAAGGCAAAACCAACAUUUUCGAGAAGCGCGUUAGCGAGUAUCAAAAGAGCGGCGUUGCAGUUGAUGUAUCGGAAAAGCAUAGUUCUUGUACUCUUGUCAUGGACGAUGACUUUUAAUAAAUGUUUUAUGGGCUGUAUAUUGAUUUUUUA